CAAAGAAGUCUUGGGUUCAAGGGGCAACUGGGAUGAAACAGUACUCAUGGACUACCCAGUGUGGACCUGGGCACAGGCUGGGUAUCCCACACAUUUAUGGUCAUCCCAGACUGCCCAUACACCUUCCUAGGCAGAGAUCUGCUGAAUAAAAUUGGAGCCCAGAUAUCCUUCAAGUAGGAUGGACCCCAGGUUACAGAUGACCGAGGGCGCCCUAUACAAGUUCUAACUGUCCAGCUACAGGAUGAAUAUGAGCUUCACCAAGAACCACCAUGAGCCCAAGAUGACAUUGGUGCUUGGCUCCACUCCCAUCUGCCGGCACAGGCUGAGACAGGAGGAAUAGGGCUGGCCAUUCAUCGGCCUCCAGUUCUAGAGGAGCUUAAACCUGGAGCAGAACCCAUACAGUCUACCCCUAGCUCCACAAAGCCAGGCUGUGUUCGCCUUUGAGUGGAGUGACCUGGAGGAAGGCAUCAGCAGACAACUGACCUAGACCUGCCUACCGCAAGGCUUCAAGAACUCUCUGACUAUCUUUGAUGAAGCCCUACAUGAAGACUUAAGUGAGUUCUGUAAGUUACACCCCAGCCUGACCCUCCUCCAGUACGUCAAUGACAUACUGAUAGUGACUGCAGAUGAACAAGAUUGCCUGCAAGGAACACAGGAUCUGCUCACCACCCUGGGAGACUUAGGAUACCAUGCAUCAGUGAAGAAAGCCCAGAUCAGUCAACAAACUGUAAGUUAUUUGGGAUAUGUGCUUAAGGACGGCCAGAGGUGGCUGAGCAAAGCCAGGAAACAAACUGUGCUCAGAAUCCCAACUCCCACUACUCCCAGGCAGGUGCGGGAAUUUUGGGGAACAGCUGGAUAUUGCAGGCUGUGGGUGCCAGGAUUUGCCAAAAUUGCCAAGCUCCUCUAUGAAGCCACCAAGGAGGGGCAGCCUUUCCAGUGGUCAGCAGACAGGGACCAAGCAUUUAGAAAACUCAAAACUACCCUGUUGACUUCUCCUGCACUGGGCCUCCCUGAUAUCACAAAAACCUUUCCAUCUGUAUGUGGAUGAACAUAAAGGAGUGGCCAAGUGAGUAUUGACCCAAACUCUGGGACCCUGGACUCGUCCAGUUGCCUACCUAUCCAAAAGACUUGACCCAGUGGCUUCGGGAUGGCCUCCUUGCUUGAGCAUUAUAGCGGCCACUGCCCUCUUGGUAAAAGAUGCAGAUAAACUUACCCUGGGACAAGAACUAUUGAUAACAACCCCCCAUACCAUUGAGGGAGUCUUGAAGCAGCCCCCGGACCAGUGGAUGAGUAGCGCACGGCUGACUCAUUAUCAAAGUCUACUACUGAAUCCACCGAGGAUUCAAUUCCUACCCAGUGCAGUCCUGAAUCCUGCCACUCUCUUACCCAACUCAAAUGCAGAGGUGCCACUCCAUCAUUGCCAGGAUGUACUAGUACAAGUCCACAGUCUUCGCCAAGAUAUGAUGAAUCAGCUGCUGCCUGAUGCUGAAGAAACGUGGUUCACGGAUGGCAGUAGCUUCAUGAAGAAUGGGCACAGGUAUGCAGGAGUGGCAGUGGUCUCUGAAAUGGAGACAUUAUGGGCCAAGCCCCUCCCGAGUGGCACCUCCGCCCCAUGGAAGACCUCAUUGCCCUUACCAAGGCCCUGGUUCUGGGGAAAGGUAAGAGAAUUAAUAUCUAUACUGACAGCCAAUAGGCGUUUGCCACAGCCCAUGUACAUGGAGCAAUCUACCAAGAGAGAGGGGCUAUUAACCGCAGAAGGAAAAACAGUCAAAAAUAAACAAGAGAUACUAGACCUCCUAGCCACUAUCUGGCUGCCGAAAAAGUUAGCCAUCAUUCACUGCCCAGGGCACCAAAAGCCAAUCACUCCGGUGGCCAGAGGUAAUCAUCGAGCAGACGAGGUUGUCAAGAGUGCAGCCCUUAGUGUAACCCAGGCCCUAACCCUCAGUCUACCAGACCUGGCACAGCCAGUCUUGCCAGAAAAGCCUGAGUAUACCCCAGAAGACCUAGCAUGGCUCCGUACUAUCCCCCAAGCACACAGCCUUCCACGAUACAAUGGCUGGUGGGUGCACUGCUGAUGGCAAGACCCUUCUUCCAGCAUAGCUAGGGAUGGAGGUGCUACAGCGUAUGCACCAAGCCACCCACCUGGGUAAUAGGAAACUGAAGGACUUGGUUCAUCAUGCAAAGAUUAAAAUU